UCUCCACUUAGGGCAGGGCAGGGGAGUCAGAUAUGUAUCACCUGUAACCGCCUGCAGUAGCAGAUAGGCUGUUUUCAUCCAGAAAAAUGCCUCACAAUUAUUAAUGUAAGAUGAUCUCACCUAAAACUAACUUCCUGUUUCAAUGUUCAUGGAGCUUAUGAACAGUAAUGUUGGAGAUUUCAAAUCUGAAUGACUGCAACGAAACUUUCCAAUAUUAAUUUACUAUAAUACAUUGAAAUUUAGUAAGGUGUAGAAAUCUAAAGAAGAACAAUAUCGCUAGUUUUGCAGCAUAGUAGUUCAGGUGUGAUGAUCUGGGACUCAUGUCUUGACGUGGAUACAAAAAUACUGAUUUCUUUGGCAAUGAUACCAAAUUAGAAUAGAAAAUGGUCGACCUUAGCAUGCUAUUUCCCAUAUAUACUACUGAAGCAUCACUCUUAAUAGUUUUAUACUUCUAUCCACAUCAACCUUAGAGGUCAAGCCAAUGUUCAUCCAUUCUUUUUUGUAUCCUUAUUCUUUGAAAGUGCUUCUUUCUGCCAUGUUAUGUUUUUAUGCUUCCUGCCACAAUAAAUGAAGGAGCUUUAUGUUGAGAAAUCAAAUUUAUGGGAUACUUAUAUUAGUUAUCUUUUUUGAAUAAUGGUUGCAAUUUUCUGGAAAUGUUUUGAUUAUUUUGGUAAACAAUUUUAGUUAUAAUAAUGUUAUACGAAGUAUAUAAAGAGAUGCUAGCUGAAAGAACAUCUUACUUCAACAAGUCUAUUAAAGUUCAAACGAGCUUAUGAUAAAUUAGUAGUACCAUAUGUUUAAUUUUAACCCCUGACAUAUUAUAAAAAAUUGGAAACUAUACCCUUGUCUUAUUUUGACAUUUUAUACCCAAAUUUGGACUUUUAUAGAUUAAUAAAAGCUUGAAACUUUAACUUUAAAAUAUCAUAAUACUAGUCAAAACAUGGAUCAAAUAACAUUGUUUUUGUAUUGUAUGUCAUUUUAUUUGCCGGGAAUAUUAUUAAUUUUCUAGCUAACCUUUAUUUAGUGAAACUUUUAUACAUAAUUGGUCCUCCAAGAUUUUUGUACAUUAACUUGGUAGGGUAUGUUUAUUGGUCAAAAAACUAAACAAGAUUUGGUAUAGUUGGUUGAAAAUUCAAUUUAUAAUCUCGAGGUUACAAGGUCAAAUCCUCCCAAUUAUAGGUGCGUAUAAGGGUGAAAUUCCCUUAUCCUUCCCACUCACUUCCUGUUAUGUUCGCAAAAGCUGAAUAAAGAAACUGGGAAGGUAUGUUGAUGUUCAGUUAGGGUCCUCCAUACCUUUAAAAAAAAUGGUAAAAAAUAGAAAAAGAGAAAGAAAAAGAAGGGAGACUGCAAUUAAUUCAACUGGAUAACAAUAAUUCACAAAAGUUUGUGAUUUGCUGCCUUUUUUCAUAGUAUUUGGUGAUAGAGUAGUUUAAUUAUGGUGACGGCUAGACCUUUGUAUAAUAAGAAUUCUAUUUUGUCUCGCUUUUGACAUUCUUUUUAAAAUUUCAUUCCCAAUCCACCAUCUGGACUUUUUCAAGCUUUUGUAACCGGGUUUCACACUGAAAUUGAUGGGUCUGGCCUUAAAAAAAAUGAUAAUAUAAAAGGUAUCCUGUGAGGCAUAUAGUUGUUAAAAAAGAUCUUAGUGAUUUUCUUAUAGGAUAAAAAUAUUUCUUGAUUCUGUUUUGUUUAGUUCUGAGUCUGACCAAAGAAUCCCUGAAACUCCUUUCUAUGUUCCUGAGUUUCAUGGCAGAAGCUCGUUUACUGCAGUCAGUCCUAAUCCUCUUUCUUUUUGUGGUUGUCGUAGCUCAAGAUGAAACCCAGUUUAUCUACAAUGGGUUCCGAGGAGCCAACCUCCAUCUUGAUGGGCUUGCAAACAUCCAACCAAAUGGUCUUCUUGUCCUUACCAACACUUCAAAGCAGCUUAGUGGUCAUGUUUUCUACCCGAAGCCUUUCAAACUCAAUGCAACUCAAUCCUUCUCCACGAGUUUUGUGUUUUCCAUGUAUCCUGAUGUGGAAGCUCAUGGUGGUCAUGGACUUGCCUUUGUCAUCUCCUCAUCCAUGAACUUUGAACUCGCUGUUCCAGCUGAGUUUCUAGGACUUUUCAAUCUUUCAAACAAUGGCCUUGCUUCUAAUCAUGUCUUUGCUGUAGAGUUAGAUACUAUUCAAAAUGCUGUUUUUGGGGAUAUUGAUGGCAACCAUGUUGGGAUUGAUAUCAAUGGACUAAUGUCUAAUGAUUCUGCUUCAGCGGCAUAUUAUGAUGCAGAAGGGCGGACGAACAGGAGCCUUCAGCUUACUAGUCGUGAAGCUAUGCAAGUUUGGAUAGAUUAUGAUGGAGAUGAGAGGCUAAUGAAUGUAACAUUGGCUCCACUUCGUCAUCCAAAACCAGCCAGACCUCUGUUAUCUACUCACCUGAAUCUUUCUGCAGUAUUUCUUGAUUCUAUGUAUGUUGGGUUCUCUGCAGCUACUGGUCUUACUGCAAAUGAGCAUUACUUAUUAGGUUGGAGUUGGAGUCAAAUCGGGCAACUCCCAGGUUUUAAUUUCUCCGAGCUUCCUUCACUUCCCAAGAUAAGAACUCAAAAGAGAUGGCUGGAAAUUGUUUUUAUAGUACUUCUUGUUGUGUUUGUACUAUUGUUGGUCAUUAUUUUAGCAGUUGUAUGUGCUAUACGGAGGAAAAUGUUUGAAGAGGUUAAGGAACCAUGGGAACAGGAAUAUGCAUCCCAUAGAUUCUCUUUCAAAGAUCUCUAUGUAGCAACUAAAGGGUUCAAAGAUUCUGAACUUCUUGGUUCUGGAGGUUUUGGGAAGGUUUAUAAAGGUGUACUGCCUUCAACAGAAACCCAAGUUGCAAUAAAGAGAGUAGCCCAUGAUUCAAGGCAAGGAAUGAGGGAAUUUGUGUCUGAAAUUGUUAGCAUGAGAAGGCUUAGACAUCGAAACUUGAUCCAGCUUUUAGGCUAUUGCCGAAGAAAUGGGGAGCUUCUUCUGGUCUAUGAUUAUAUGCCAAAUGGGAGCCUUGACAAGAUCUUAUUUCAGAAAAAUGAAUCCAAAUCUGACCUUUCUUGGCCUCAAAGAAUGAAUAUUAUCAAGGGGGUGGCGUCUGCCCUGCUAUACCUUCAUGAAGAGUGGGAACAAGUUGUGCUUCAUCGUGAUGUGAAAGCCAGUAAUGUUCUGUUGGAUGCUGAUAUGAAUGCUAAAUUGGGUGAUUUUGGGCUAGCUAGACUAUAUGAUCAUGGUAGUAAUCCUCGAAGCACCAACAUCGUUGGAACAGUUGGGUAUCUUGCACCUGAAAUCAGUUUAACAGGCAAGCCAACUCCUGCCACGGAUGUGUUUGCCUUUGGGAUAUUCUUACUCGAGGUGGCUUGUGGAGUACAGCCUUUCCGCUUGCUCAAUUUUGCUGAGGAAGACAUUGUUUUGGUUGAUUGGGUUUUUGACUGCUGGAAGAAGGGAGCGAUUCUUGAAACAAGCGAUCCUAAGCUGGGAGGAUCUUAUGUCAGCGAUGAAAUGGAGCUUGUUCUAAAGCUAGGCUUACAUUGCUCACAUUGUAAACCAGAAGCAAGGCCAAGCAUGAGACAGGCAGUACAGUUUCUUCAUAGGGAUGCAGUUCUACCAGAUGUGCCAUCCGAUUAUUAUCUUGAAAGGAAUGGCCUGCUUGAUAAAUAUUGGGGAACAUCUGGUUCAUAUCCAUCCUCAUUUCAGGUGUCAACUAACUCCUUUUUUUCUGUUAAUUCAGUCAUUCGUCAUGGCCGCUGAAUAUGCAGUAUUCUGAAUAUAACUAGAUGAUUGAGUUAGUUGAUCUAUUAGCUACCAUAUGUAAAAAUGACCAUGUUCUUCUGAAAUCCUGUGGGAAGCAGGAUUUACACCUUGUAUUUUAUGAAAAUCAUAUUGAAAUAAAAUCUUAUUUUCUUUAUUUUCAUGAA